AGCGUUGAGUGACGUGAAGACCCCUUCAUUUAAUCUUCUCAUCUGCCAUCUUCAAUUCAUUGCCCUCUUCUUCCUUUAAAUCCCCCCAACUUCUUCUACCAACACUUUAUAUCAAUCAAAAUCCCAAAUUAAACAACAAAAAAAUCCCAUCUUUCUUUCUUUCCAAUGGCUCCAACCUUGCCAGACUUUUCAAAUUCAGUAAAACUUAAGUACGUGAAAUUGGGUUACCAAUACUUGGUAAACCACAUUAUCACACUCACCUUAAUACCAAUCAUGUUAGGAAUUGGUUUAGAGGUUCUUCGUUUAGGUCCUGAUGAGAUUUUAAACCUUUGGAAAUCUCUUCAUUUCGACUUAGUUCAGAUCCUCUGUUCCGCUUUCCUUAUCGUCUUUGUUGCAACCGUUUACUUUAUGUCAAAACCCAGAACCGUCUUUUUAGUCGAUUACACGUGCUAUAAACCACCAGUCACGUGCCGAGUUCCUUUCUCUACUUUCAUGGAACAUUCAAGACUCAUCUUGAAGAACAAUCCCAAAAGCGUUGAGUUUCAGAUGAGAAUUUUGGAACGUUCUGGUUUGGGUGAAGAAACUUGUUUACCUCCGGCGAUUCAUUACAUUCCUCCUAAUCCAACUAUGGAAGCUGCUAGAGGUGAAGCUGAGCUUGUUAUCUUCUCCGCCAUGGAUGAUUUGUUACAAAAAACAGGGCUUAAACCCAAAGAUAUCGAUAUUUUAAUCGUUAAUUGCAGUUUAUUCUCACCUACUCCUUCUUUAUCCGCCAUGGUUAUUAAUAAAUACAAGCUUAGAAGUAAUAUCAAGAGCUUUAAUCUUUCCGGUAUGGGAUGUAGCGCCGGAGUAAUCUCGAUCGAUUUAGCUCGUGAUCUUCUCCAGGUUCACCCCAAUUCCAACGCUGUUGUGAUAAGUACUGAAAUUAUUACCCCAAAUUAUUAUCAGGGGAAUGAGAGAGCCAUGCUUUUGCCCAAUUGUCUCUUCCGAAUGGGCGGCGCCGCCAUUCUCCUCUCCAACCGGAGAUCGGAACGGCGGAGAGCCAAAUAUAGGUUGGUACAUGUUGUACGGACACAUAAAGGAUCUGACGACAAGGCUUACAGGUGCGUUUACGAAGAGGAAGACAAGGAGGGUAAAGUUGGAAUUUCACUAUCAAAGGAUCUAAUGGCUAUAGCAGGAGAAGCAUUAAAGUCAAACAUAACGACGAUAGGUCCGCUGGUACUGCCCGCAUCAGAACAAUUAUUAUUUUUGAUGAGUUUAAUCGGACGGAAGAUAUUCAAUCCAAAAUGGAAACCUUACAUUCCUGAUUUCAAACAAGCAUUUGAACAUUUUUGUAUCCACGCUGGAGGGAGGGCUGUGAUCGAUGAGCUUCAGAAAAAUCUACAGCUGUCAGCUGAGCACUGUGAGGCUUCUAGAAUGACUUUGCAUCGUUUUGGCAAUACGUCGUCGUCUUCACUUUGGUAUGAAAUGGCUUAUGUUGAAGCCAAAGGAAGAAUGAAAAAAGGUGAUAGGAUUUGGCAAAUUGCUUUUGGAAGUGGAUUUAAGUGUAACAGUGCCGUUUGGAAAUGUAAUAGAACUAUCAAAACGACGUCGGAUGGUCCUUGGACUGAUUGCAUUGACCGUUAUCCCGUUCAUAUUCCUGACGUCGUCAAACUCUAAUUUAUUAUUAUAUAUAUAUAUAUAUAAUAAUAAUGUUUUUAUUUUCUUUUUUAAGGGCUAAUUUGUUGUUAUGUAUGUGAUAUUAUAUAUAGAUGAAGUGGAUACAUAUAUACCAAAGGAAAAAAAUGGAUACACUAUCAUCAUCAUCAUUAUGUAUGUACUUAUUAUUAUUAUAUUUGUUAUUAUGUAAUAUUAUUCUUCUAUGUAAGAAAAAUACUCUCUUACAACUUGUUUUUAAUAA